AUGGCUCAGCUGCACCGCUUCGUUCGCGUCUGCGAUCGCCAGAACACUCAGAUCUUCACCUUCCUUCUCUCGCGCAAGGUCACGCGACCUUUGACCCCUGACAUCUUCACUCGCGACUUCAUCUACGGUUACCACCGCUGGUGUCUGUCGUUCGUGCGCACGGAGAAGCACAUCAGCGUCUUCCUCAUCCUGCGUGACGUCAGCGACGGCGUCAUCGUCACGCUCGACUACUCCGUCUCGCUGCUGCAUCGUCACCACUUCAGUAAGAACGAGACGUUCUCGUUGCGCGCCUGUCGCUUCUGUCGCGAACAGGACACGCACGGACGCAAGGUGUUUGUGAGUCUGGACGAGUUGCUCGGAGCGAAGUACACGGAUGGGAACAACGAGUACCUCGUCGAGUUGUGCAUGAAGAACGUGCGAAGUACGUACGAACACGUGCUGCCCGUCGGUGGCGCCACCUGCGAUCCGCAACCGCGCUCUCACGGAACCCCCAGGAAGUACGAAUCGACGUAUUUCACGUUCGGGAACUACGACUGGAGCGUUUGUCUGUUCCCGAACGGCGACAGCAACCAGGGUAAACCUCUGAUCUGUCUCACGCGCCACACGCACUUCGAGCACCCGUGCAAACUGCGCUACACGCUUACCCUGGGAGAAGGAGACCGUUGCAUGGCCUCCGAUACGAUCGAACAUGUUUUUGACGUAACUGGAGCCGGAGAGGGGUACGUGCUAAAUAACAUCGACAUGGGUUCCCUCGUGCGACAACACAAGAUUAAGAUAAGCAUGGAAUUGUUAUCGGUUAGUACGAUCAGCGAGGUUAAAAUCCCGCUGCUGGAAAAGGGACGAAACUGUGCGCAGUGCUACGACAGGGAUAAGCAAGCGUGGGCGGUAGUGACCGAAUUUGAUAAGGGCGAGCUGAAACUGCUGCUCUUUUAUUCGGACGCUCGCAACGUGCCGCGCAAUUACGUGCGCUUCGUCUGCUGGAAGGCGUUCGUGGUGACAUCUAGCGGCAAUGAGUUGCCGGUGCUGGACGGGCCCUUCUCGAAGUACUACUGCCAGGGAUUAAACUGUGAAGACGGAUAUGAGAUGACGACGAGCGUACGCGAGAACGAGAAACCGGAUACACCUGAUGACCUCAUCCGCCCGCGUGACCUCAUCCUGCCGGCGCACAUCCGCCAGCAUCGGCGCCAUCUAGCGGCAGCCAAUGCUAAUAAGGUCGACAAGGAAGGAGGCAUCGGCAAAUCUCCAUAUGUAAACGUCAUCUACCUCUCCGCGAAUCAACGACUGCGCUACACGUUACGUCACGCCAUACGUCAUCGGCGAAAAAACAUUUCGAAGUGA